AUGCUUAGUUCUAAAAUUUAUUCCCUCGUUUUAUUAUCAUUAUUUGGAUUAGCCAGAUCAGCCGAUGAUGUAACUACUACUAUUACCACUACACCUUAUGUCACUGCUACCACUACCGUUGGAUUACAAGAAGAUAUUUAUGCCACUGAAUAUAUUUAUACCGAUGACAAUGGUAAAUUAACAACUACCACUGUUCUUGCCAGUACUGUCACCAAUCCGGCCGUGUUACAAGGAACUACACCUACUACUAAGCCAUCAGCUGAUCCCUCAAGUAGUGAUGAUAACAGCAACAAACCAUCUUCUUCAACAACAGCAACAAGUGAUAAUAGUGAAUCCUCACCAACUGGUUUCUUUACAGAAAUUAAAGUUGAAGUUCCAGAAGGUGUUUAUUCCACUUCAACCAAAUAUACCCAUACAGUAUUGGAUGAUGGUCAAACUGCUGCUCUUGAAUUAGUGGUGUUAUAUACAGCCUUUUGCGAAGUGUAA